AGGUCUGUGAGCUGGAGACAAAAUGCUGUCUUUGUUUUGCGUCCUACUGAAGGGGAGGUGCCCGAAAUAAACUCCUUUCUGGCGCCUGCUGCCUACUCAAGAGGGUUUUUUUUUUCCCCACUCGGAGGCGAAGUAUGGAAAAAACCUUUCGAGGAAACAUGGCGGAGAAGUGAAGACUCGUUUGAACAAGCCGAAAGGUUUUGUUUUGGGAUUGUUGGACAUGUUGCCGGUUUGUUCAGUCGUCGCUCGCGCAUUUUAAAGGAUGGAGGCCUCAUGUCUGGAGCUGGCACUGGAGGGAGAGCGUCUGUGUAAGACGGGCGAUUACCGAGCAGGCGUCUCCUUUUUCGAGUCCGCUAUCCAGGUCGGGACGGAGGACCUGCAGAUCCUCAGCGCCAUCUACAGCCAGCUGGGAAAUGCCUACUUCCACCUGCAGGACUACACGAAAGCGCUCGAGUUCCACCGCCAUGACCUUACUCUUACCCGAACGAUUGGAGAUCAGCUGGGAGAGGCCAAAGCUAGCGGGAACCUCGGAAACACGCUGAAGGUUCUGUGUCGGUACGACGAAGCGGCGGCUUGUUGCCAGAGACACCUGGAUAUUUCUAGAAUGCUCCAUGACAAGGUGGGGCAGGCACGAGCGCUGUAUAAUUAUGGGAAUGUGUACCACGCCAAGGGGAAGAACAUAUGUUGGAGUGGGACAGACCCAGGAGAAUUUCCAGAGGAGGCACGCAUCGCUCUAAAGAAAGCUACAGAGUACUAUGAAGCGAAUCUGUCCAUCGUGAAAGAGAUGGGGGAUCGAGCAGCACAAGGACGGACGUACGGCAACCUGGGGAACACUCACUACCUGCUGGGGAACUUUGAGAAUGCCGUGCUGGCUCACGAGCAGCGUCUCCUCAUCGCUAAGGAGUUCGGAGACCGAGCUGCAGAGAGGAGAGCUUACUGUAACCUGGGAAACGCUUAUAUCUUCCUGGGCCAGUUUGAGGUGGCAGCUGAAAACUACAAACGCACAUUACAGUUGGCUCGUCAGCUGAGGGACCGGGCGGUAGAGGCUCAGGCCUGUUACAGUUUGGGCAACACCUACACACUGCUACAGGACUACGAGAGAGCCAUCGACUACCACCUCAAACAUCUCAUCAUCGCUCAGGACCUCAAAGACAGGAUAGGAGAAGGGAGAGCUUGCUGGAGUUUAGGGAACGCCCACACGGCUCUCGGAAACCAUGAACAGGCCUUACAAUAUGCUGAGAAACAUCUGGAGAUUUCCAAAGAGAUUGGAGACCGUAGCGGUGAGCUGACAGCCAGAAUGAAUGUUUCAGACCUGCAGCUGGUGUUGGGUCUGAAUCAGAACCAUAGCAUGAGCCACACAGAUGACCACAUGGACAGUCCAACAGGAACGAAACCCAGGUCAGGACGGAGACACAGCAUGGAGAACAUGGAACUCAUGAAACUUAGUCAAGACAAGGACACUGGGCCAGCGAGCGAUGAGGAUGUCUCCCCAAAGCAGUCCAAAAUCUCCCCCAUAGCCAAGACGUCGUCCAAACUUUUCUUCAUCACUCGCUUUAAGGGGAAGAAACCGAAAGCCAACGGAGCGAGUCUGACUAAAACGCCCCAGAGCCCGACCCGCGCUCCUCGCAUGCCCGAGCUGGAUCCCAAGUACGCUCCGGACACUCUGGGAGACGAGGGCUUCUUCGAUCUGCUCACUCGCUUUCAGGGAAACCGCAUGGACGACCAGAGGUGCUCCUUACAGGGCGGCUUGAGCCGUGGUUCCUCCCCCUCCCCUUGUGACACCCCACCCGUAGCUGUGAGGAAACCUAUUUCUGCGUCCGAAGAGGCGGCUUCGGCUCAGCCGGGCCACUUCCUGGACUUGUUGGCCAGCUCUCAAGGCCGGAGGCUGGACGAGCAGCGUGUGAGCAUGGGGCCACUGCCAGGUUUACUGCUGGACCAGAACAACAGCCAGGCCAUGCUGAGUCAGCUCAUCGCCAGCGCUGACAGCAAGGAGCCAGACGACGACUUCUUCGACAUUCUUAUUAAGUGCCAGGGUUCCCGACUUGACGACCAGAGAUGCGCUCCUCCUCCUCCCCCGACACGAGGACCCACCGUCCCGGAUGAAGAUUUUUUCAGCCUCAUCCUGCGCUCGCAGGCCAAACGCAUGGAUGAACAGCGCGUCAAUCUGCCCUCCGACCCCGGACCUACACCGCUAAACCCUGACUGACGCCACACACCAGCACCAGACUUCGGAGACGUGUGAAGUCACCCAGAUCUUUCCAACCAGCAGAAAACGAGCCCUGUUCAUCUCCCGCAAAAAAAAACCCAAAACACAAGUCGUCUCCAACGUGGAGUUGUGGCGUCUCGGUCAGUUCUGUCUCACUAUAUAAACAUGAAGGAGCGUUAAAGGACGUCUCGGUACAGCUGAAGGUCACUUCUACAUGGCAAACCGUGAAAGCAGCUAAAUGUAGCUAGGUCUAGUUUCAGUGUGUGUUUCUGCUCUACAGCAUCAGUGGGCAACUUCAACAUUUAAUACAAAUGACUUGGGACGUAUUCAGGAUCAGGACGACGUCGACGUCUGCCUCAGGGUUCCGAUUUUAUACACUGACUUUGAUCUUGUUCAUCUCUGACUCUCCUGCUGGGUUCCUGACUGUCGUGGAGGACGGAAAAUGACAUCCGUUUGUUUCUGUUUGUUAUGCAAGUCUGUAUGAACAGUUACAGUUCAUGGAGUUUUUUUUUUUAUUAGAAACAGGAAUCAGGUACUUGAAAAGACUUUUUUUUUUCUUUAGUGAGAAACUAAUUGCUAUUGAGUUGCUUUUCUGUUUUUGCAUCGUAUUUUACGUGACACCGAAAAUAAAAUACAAACUUUUAA